GUUGUAGUUCCUUUUCCGUCUGAUUCAGAGAUGAGGAUUCGCUCAGGAUGACUUUCAAGUUGUAGUACACUCUCAAGGACCAUGAUAGUGGUGUCAACCUCUUUGUGCUUCGUACGACUCGUUACCAGAGGGUUUAGACCCCUCUUGCUUCGUUUUCAGUGUCCUAAAGACUGUGAUGAGAAGUUGUUCGAUCCUCGAUUUUUGGAGCUGCGAGAGUAGAUUACGAGCUUCGAAUACUAAGCGAGGAGAGAUGCUUAGAUAUGAAAAAAUCCUCAUAUUAUUGGUCACUCGCUCAUCUGCAGAAACGAAAGGUUUCGUUUUCUCCAUGUCUCCCCGUCGCCCCUAGAGUAGAAAAAUGGUGCCUCUUCGUUUCUUGGCAAACCGAAAUCGCUUAGAAGAAAAGAUGAAAUCGCCUUCUUGUGGAGAAAUUAGUAAGUGUUGUAUUACCUCUUAAAGCAUAAUUACGCUCUAAGUAUGCUUGUUUAAGGAAUUUGGUGAGUUGGAAAGCAUUAACAAGUUUUGCAUGAGUCUUCUUUGCUUUUACAAAGUUACUGUGAAGUGUCUCCUGUGUAGCUCUCUACACCGAGCUUACGACGCAGUGCAGCAAGUUCUGAGUUCUAGGGUCAGCCAGUUUUUCGUCUGUUGCAAAGAGAAUAUCGGUACUUUGGUAUUCCUCAUCCUCGGUCCAUCUCAUUACUGUGACUAGGUACUUCUCCUUGACAUAUUCUCUCGCAUUUUCAUCUCCCACGCGUCCUUUUAGGGUCUACUCUACUGCGAUCGCACAAAAAUGGACGAGUCGAUUUACCUGCCUCGACGCCCGUACGUUCCUCGAGGGUCGCAUCUGAACUGUUCCGCCGAAAACGCGCUGUUUUCGCAUAUGAACCAUGCGAAUCCGUACCCUAAGCGACCCGCCACUGCUGACUGGUUUCAGCCGAAAGCCGAGGGAUUCGAAAAGAAGCCGAAAGAUAGCGAUGUUAAAGCAGUAGCAGGAGCCUCGUCUUCCUCUUCCUCAGGAAUAGGAAGAGGAGUAGGAGGAAUGGCAACAUCUUCACGAGGAGCAGCUGUGCCGGCAAGUCGGAUCGUGGUGCUUGAUGCAGGUGACGCGGCGGAGCUAGCGCGGUAUCCGCCAGACCCGCGCAAGAGGGGACUUUCCCCCGGACGCAAACGGCGAUUAGAAACAUCCGGUAAACUCGGAAAACUACCACUGGGACCGCCGCCAUCUUUAGCAGAAGGAGCGCGUGUUCCAGCCGUUCCCCGCACGCUUGGGGUUCCGAAGAGCAAGGUGCUUGCGCAGUAUUCCACAACGAAGGAAUCGGCGACGCCUGCGCGGGCAGUGUGGGGCCAUGAUGAGAAGACGCGGGGUCACUUCAUUCAGUACUUUCCACCAGAUAAGGAGCCUUUUGAGCCGGGUGUACCUCGGUUCCAUCUCACGCAUGGUCGCGUUCCACGCAAGGAACAACAUAGUACUAAAGCUGGACAGGUGAAGAUGAAAAACAAGAAGUCAACAUCUCCAGUUAACUCAGCUAGUGGUGGCGAUUUUGCAGGCAAUAACGCGUACAAUAAUAUGAAUGUUGUAGUUAGAAGAACAUCAAGUAGUCUUAUUCCUAGCACUUCUUCCGCGACAGCACCUCCACAGAGUCAACGAGGGAAGAAGGCCGAGGAAAUCAUUCUUCCGCAGGAGAUUGAGCAGCACAAUAUGGCGAGUGUGAGCGAGAAGCUGCCAGCGCGCGUCACAGCCUUGCAGAAGAGAUACGCUGUUGCAGGGAAAAUCACGAGGUCUUCGCCGUCUGGCGUGACUGACGAGCCAGGCACCGGCGAAGGCGACGACAAUGGAGAAAUAUUAGAAGAUCAUGUUGAUCAGGAUGUUGUGGAGAAUGUCGACAACAUUAACAAUGGCAGUGUCGGAGAUGGUGCAGAAGAUUUCGAGGAGGAGCUCGACUCGGAUGAUGAGAACCGAGAUCCAGCUCGCUUUUUCCGUUAAGGCUACAAGAAAUCUCCCAUUUUCACAGGCAUCUUGGUCCCGUUUUUCAAGGGAAAAGGGGAAGAAAGACGCUGUUGAAGAUGGGUUUCUCCUAGUUCUAAUUCCGGAAGAAGACCGACCUGAUGCCUGUGCACCAGCCGGACGGGCCACGUCAAGGCCACGCAGAUACCGGUGCCUACAAAGGCUUGGGCUUUGACGAGAAGGAGACGAAAUCCGCAGCGCGCGAACGCAAGAAAGACCGACAGGAACUGCGUACCGAACAAAAGACGGCGGCGAAGGCAGCGCGUCGCAACACACGCCAAAUUCUAGGGGAAAUACGCCAGAUCGAUAAAGGUGCGGGCAGAUUCGACCUCGGCGCAAGGAAGAAGAAAGCUGGCUAAGGGUGUUUUUGUUGUAUCGAUCCUUAUGUUGUAUCUAAGUUUACUAGACUUGUAGUUGAUGUAGUUCGCUGAUAGAGUGAAUUUUCGGUGACAUCAUCUGCAACACAAUUUGUAAGAAUUCAGUUCUUUUUUCACUCACUUGUCUCAGCAGCAAAGUGUAGUCUACAAAGUACAGUAUGAAGCGCAGAGCUUGAACUAAGGAAUUAAUAUAGCAGAGCUAAUUUGAGGGAGAAAUGUGAG